AUGCAACUUAAUGGGAUAAUUGUUGGCUUUGAAAUGUGGUGGUUGACAAGCUCUCUUGACACUCGUGGAUUUGGUUUCGUAACUUUUUAUGAGAACCAAGCAAUGGAUGAGGCUAUUGAGUGUAUGAAUGGGAUGGACUUGGAUGGGAGAAUUAUCAUUGUGGAAAAAAGCUCAGCCUCUAGGUUCAGGGAGAGACCAAGAUGUGCUUCGACAGACCCCAUAUUAUGGGGAUACUGGGAUGAUGUCGUCCCGAAUGUCGGCAUAGGUGGUGCACGGGGAUAUGAUCCCCCAGGGUGGCAGAGCAUCGUUGAGCGCAAUGAAUACGGAGGUCGAAGUCGCACGGGGCACAAGCGAAGGAGAAGCCUGUGCCGGGAAGACAAGCGGGAGCCGCAGGGGAAGGAGGUGGAGCGGGGUAGGUGGGGGAGGUCAUUAUGGUCAGUAGGUGGGAAAGGGCGGCCGAUGAAGAGCUUCGCAUGGAAGCGAAUGCAGCACGGCGGCGGCGGCGGCGGCGGCGGCGGCGGCGGAGUUGACGAGUGCUUUAAGUGUGACAAGCCUGGGCAUUGUGCAAGGGAGUGUCCCCGUGAAGGGGGCUGGGAAGGUAGGUAUGGGGGGAGGGAUGACAGGUAUGGAGUUGGUGGUGGUGGGCACUAUGGUCCUGAUCGAAAUGGUGAUCGAUCUGGAGGGCGCAAUAGGGAUAGUGGUACUCAAGGAGAAUCAGCAAAUGUUCCUAUAAUCAGGACCGUUCUGGUCCCUAUGAACAUUGUGGUACAGGGAACUUCCGUCCGGGGUAGAAAGAAUACUACUGAAUCUUUUCCAGUUAUAGUAAAGCAGUCGAUUUUGCGCUGAUUGAAAAAUAUUUUGUGCUUGUAGCAGAGCAAUUCGAGGUACUGCUGUUACUUUCUGGAGGUGUCAAAGUCCCUUCUGCUGAAUCUAUUCUUUAUUAUUCUCUGGGUGGACAAAUCUGCUUGAUCAGUGUUUUGUUGUGCGAACUUUGGCUAAAAGAUUCAACUGUUUAAUAU